UGUCAAAUCCGCUGUCGUUGUCGGACCCCGGUCCCGUUCUAUAAAUCGGUACUUCGAUGUCGGUCAGUAGUCGGUAUUCUAGGUACGCCUGCAGUUUAACUUUUUUUCUGUUUAUUUUGUAAAGCAUCUCUCGUAAGAAAGUUAACACGCAUGAGCAUAAAAAGAGAAUUAAAUUAUCCAUCAAACCAUUUAAUCAAGUUACUAUAAAGAUAAGCGCUUGCGGCUAAUACAAUGGAGCUGCAGGCCCUGCUAGUACUGUGUGGGAUUGGGGUGACUGGAGCUGCAGUGCUUCUUCUCAUGGGGCUAUUCUCAGCAUCUGGAACUAGCUAUGAGGAAGCAAUAGCUCAGCAACGACGAGCAACAAAUGAACUGCUUGCACUAGCUGAAAAUAAAAAUAAAUCUAAAAAGACCAACAAAAAAGCUAACAAGAAGUUAGCAAAGAAGGAAAAGAAAGAACAUAUCACAGCAGCGACAGGAAGUGAACCAGAAAGCGAAGCCCCAGCUGAAAGUGGAGUAGAUGAGGAUACAGUUCCUACAAAGCCUCAUGUUGAAUUCAGUCCUCCUGUUGUAGUGGAACUACCGACUGACACACCACCCAACAUCAAGAUUCGCAAACGCGGCAAGGAUCCUAAAGUAAAGCCGAUAUUAAUUAACAAAGAGGAUCCGAGUUGUGUUAGCGAUCCGAGCGCGGCGGCCACGCCGGUCGCGGAGGUUUCUAACCACUUUGAGGAAAUGCACCCCAAGGACGACUUUGAAUUAUUGCACGCUACACUAGAAAAAGUCGCGGAGAAGAAGGAGGAGGUAGCAGAAAAGAAGGAACAUAAAGUUUCGAAACAAGUGAAGAGCGGUAAAGCUGCUCCGAAACAGAGUCAGGAUUCCGUGAAGGAGGAAAUUACACGCGAUCGACCAAACAACGGUGAUGCGCCUCUCGAACAACGCAAAGUUAAAAAGUUAGAAAAGAAGGUGGCCAGCGAAACGGCAGGUGAGGAGGUGGUGCCACCGCUGAACGUUCCGCAGCCGAGCGAGCUCACCACGGACAAGUUGCUGCGGAACGCGCUCCCGGCCGCCGCGCCCGCGCCCCCCGCGCCCGCACCCGCACCCGCACCCGCCGCCCCCGCCGCCCCCGCGCCCGCGCCCUCCCCGCCCGCCAAGGGCAAGAAGAAGAAGACCGAGCAGAACAUGCUCGCGAUUAUUGGCGGCGACGGCGGCGGCGUGUCGGCGAGCGAGCUGGUGCGCGUGGUCCGCGAGGCGGCGCUGUCCCGCACCGACAUCCAGGUGCUCACCGACGCGCUGCUCAACAAGCACCACGACCAGCUGCCCGAGCACUCCGAGUGGACCGAGGGUCCAAACGAUCCAAUGCAGAAAUUAAAAAAACAGUUAGCGGAUAAAGAAAAGGCCCUCGCUGAUGAAAUUGAAGCCUCUCAAGCGCUGCACGCUAAAUUGAAGGAGCUCAGGACGAACCUCAACGCGGAGCGCGGGCGCGCCUCGGCCGCCGGCCGCGCCGCCGAGCAGGCCGCCGCCGCCGCGCGCGCCGAGCAGCACACCCUGCAGGCGCGCCUGCAGCGCCUCCUCGACGACAACCACGCGCUCGCGCAGGACAAGCUCAUGCUCCAGUCCAAGCUGAGCGAGGAAAGCGAGGCGCAGGCGCAACGCGUCCAGAUGGAGAUGCACAUCCAGAGGCUAUCGGAGGCGGAGGCGGCGCUGGUGGUGCAGCUGGGCGCGCUGCAGGCGGAGGCGGGCGCGCGCGCGGUGGAGGCGGGGCAGGCGCGCUGCGACGCCGCCGCGGCGCGCGACGCGGCGCUGCUCGCGCAGCAGCACGGCGCCGAGCUGGCGCAGCAGCUGCAGGAGGCCAACCGCGUAUACGCGGAGUUGGAGCAGCAGCGGCAGUGCGCCGUGCACGCGGAGCAGCUUGCGCAGCAGGAGCUGCGGCAGCUGCAGGCGCGCCUCGCGGGUCUUACUGAAGCUCAAAACGAGGUGCAGCGUGUCACGAGCCGCGCGCAGGCCGCGGAGAGCGCAGCGGACAAAAUUAAAGAAGACAUGGAGAAGGAUAAGCAAGAGUUAUCAAAAGAGAUCGCACAAUUGCGAGAACAGCUUGCCGCCCGUGAGACUGAGUUGGCUGAACUGAAGCAACUAAAAGCAGUUCCUGCUCAAAAUGGAUUGCCUCCUACUAGUAAUACCGACGGGCAGAAGGCGGCGGAGCUUGCUAAAGUUGAAAGCGUAGUCGAAUCUCUUCGGAAUGAACUUGCAUCAGCACAGAAGAGUAGUUCAGAGCAAAGAGAACAGCUGGCGAGUCUGCAGGAACAACUCGCUCAGUACAGGGAGAAGAACAACGAGUUGCGAACUAAAAACUGGAAAGUAAUGGAGGCGUUACAAACAGCCGAAAAGGCUCUCGCGACGAGAGCGACGCCCGCGAUGCCGGCCCAAGACGCCGAAGCUGUGACGAGAGCCGAGGCGCAACAUUUCAAUGAAGUAGCAAAUGUCCUGCGAUCUGUAUGCCCUACAAUUGAUCCUACUUCCAAGGUGGGAAUGGAAUGGCUGCAAACUUUUGCAAACACCCUCAAAAAAGAACUCGAAGCGAAGGAAGCUGAGAAGAAACGAGUCGAACAGGACCUGGCUUCAAAACUGUCGGAAAAAGACAACGAGAGAAAGCAACUCGAAGCGGUCUUGCAGAAAAAAAUACAAGAAAAAGAAUUGUUAGCAAAGGAAAUCGAAAGCAAAUUGCAACAACAAAUACAAGAGAAAGAGUUAGCUAAGAAUAGAAUUGAAAGUGAAUUACAGCAAAAGUUGAAAGAAGAAUUAACCUUCAGAAAGCAAGUAGAGAGUGAGCUGCAUAAGAAGAAAGAGGUCAAAGUAGUGAAGGAAAGAGUGGAAGUGACGGAUGAGUCGCGCGUUAAAGAUUUAGAAGCACAGAAUGAGCACUUACAGAGCCUCGUCGACAAGUACAAGAGAAUAAUUGAUGAUACCGAAGGCGUGCUGAGUCGGCUGCAGCAGAACGUGACGCGCGAGGAGCAGCGCUGGGCGCAGCAGCUCGCCGACAAGCAGCGGGACCUCGACACGCUGCGCUCCAGCACCAUGCUGCAGGAACCUCUGGCGUUUGCAUACUCCUGCAUUGAGAAAUCGUUGCCUACCAUCGUGGCAGAGAUGCAGAAUAAAAUUGAUUCGCUUCAGGCGGAGUUACAGAAGUUGCAAUCGAAGAAUCACAGUAACAGCUUUGCGGACGCGGAAAGACUAACGGAGGAAAGGUUAAUGGCAGGUUUAUCUGAUAAACACGAUACAGAUGUGCACAACGGACCAAUACAGGUUGGACUAGUUGAGAAUUAAAAAUUAGAAAAUGUACAAAUCUUUUCUGGAGCGCAACUCGCAACUCCGGCGCAUCAAUCGCACUCGCCUUCACUGCCGCUUAUACGAUAAGGUUUUUCGAUAAUUACCUAACAAAUGAAAACGUAGGAUAAACUGAAAUAUUUUGUACAGUAGGCACUUUACUUUUUUUAGUAUGUGGUUUAAAAACUAACAGUUCGGUGAAGUGACCAGAUUUUUAAAUUACUGUUAAGGUGUUAGUACUGCAUUGUAAAUCUUGAUGUUUAAAAAUUAAUGCCACCUUUGUAUAAAGCUCAAUCGUCAAAAGUAUAAUUUUACUAAAUGUUUCUAAUUUAGUUCCUAACUUUUUGUUUUUUAUAAAAUCGUCCUCAAAUAUCCAUAAAAGAAAACAUGGAACACAUGCAGUGAAUGAGUGCUAUUAAUGGACGUGUAACAAAUUAGGUGAGUCCUGAUGAUAUCACAACUGAAAUGUUAAUAAUGUCUAUAUAAAAUCACAUAAUAUCUUCUUACAUAAUAAGAUUUCAUGUGAUAGAUAAUAAUACAUAUUACAAUAAACUAAGCUUGAGAAACCCUAUUAUGAUACUUUUAUUAAAUUAGUAAUAAUUGAAUCUUUCGGAUAUUAUUAUAUUUAAUAUUAUUAUUUACUCAGCCUGAAAUGAAAGUUUAUUCAUGAACUAUUGACCUCUAUUGAUAACAGAAAUUGGUUAGUUACAAUAAUAAAGUUUAUUUUAUUUUUUUUUGAAUUUUUGAUACAUAUUGGUUAUUAUAACUUUAACAUAAAAUUAUGAAUAUGACAUGAAAUUUUUUAUUCCUAGUAGAUGUAAAGUGUAUGUCGGUCACGUAUUUUUAGGACUGUAUUAGUUAAAGAAUUGUAUGCAACAUUAUGUAGCUUCAACAAUCUGAUCGUGAUUUAUCAAUUUGUUGAAUGUUUCAUUAAUGCGACUCGUGAUUUAAAGAUAGUAAAACUAAUUUAAAAAGUUUCAAUAGAAUAUUUUACAAUUAAAAAAUAAGAACAAACUUAUGCAAGAAUUUAAAAUGAAAAUUGUGAUAAAAUUAUGUAGCUAUUUUUAGUUUUUUUCUAAUGAUUGCAAAUCUGUAAUAAUAAUCGUCUUGAUUUUAUUGAAAUCAGUUUUAUCUUCUUUCAAUCUUUAAAUCGCGUUUCAAAAUUUAUUAUUGUGAUCAUUUAAUCAAAUUAAUCUAAGACGACGUAUAGUUAGGUAUAUAUGUAGUUAAAUUGAUAUAUAUUUUUGUCUUAUUUUAAUUAUCCUGUUGCUUUUUAAUAUAACUUUAGUAAUAUAUUUUAUAUUGAAAAAAAAAUAAUUGAAUUUGGCAGAUUCGUUUUAUUUGCAAAACUAAAUCGUGUGUGCAUUUUAUUUAUUUAAGGGAAUGUUAUUUACUAUUUAGAGGUAUAUUAUUUAUAACUUUUGUACUAGUGCAUAAUCAUUUCUGUCAGUGCCUUAGAAUAAGAUUUAAAUUUGAUAAGCUGACUGUUUAAUUUCUAGUAAUAACGAAAUAAAAUGCAUGUUAAUGAUUAAGUUAUUAUUGAAUUGUAAAUUUUUUUUAAUCUGUUGGAUACACACAUCUUCAAUGACGUGGGAUGUGUUGAAUGUUGGCGUAAAUUUUAAAUGAAUAUUAGCUGCUUACGUCUAAUUUUUUUAAAGCUAAUGAUUUAAAUUUCAUGCAAAUUUUACAAAUAACGCCAACACUAAAAAGCGUAUAUUUAUAAAAGAAUUGUCGUGUCAAAUGUCCUGAGUAUUGUAUUUGCUGUAGUAAUAACGAACUUAAUUGUAUAAGCCAAUUUAUAUGAAAAUUCAUAUACUAGAUAAAGACAUUAUCAAAUAAAAUAUUUCUAUGAUUA